AAAAUCACAGUGCAAUAUCAAAUAUGGAUACUUUAGGACAAAUGAAGAGUCAAAGUUUCUUCUCAUCGGUGCUCAAUUUCCAGAAGAGAAUGAUUCCGUUUCUUUCUUUUUUUACUUUACACUCUUCAAAAUGUUCCCUGGGAAUCUGUCCACUGCUUUAUCAAAAAGACUCUCAUUCAGACUAUAAGAUGCCAAAUUCUCACUAAACUCUCUCGCAGGAUAACUCUGAAAAUCAUAGUUUUUUUGUUGUUUGGUUUUGUAGUCUUUCAAUGACUAGUUGUCUUAAACUUGAAGUUCAAACAGAAGAUCAACCCCCUCACAAAUGGUGUGUUUCAUUAGCCGAAGACAAAUUCAAGAGGCUACUCUCCCAGGGAAAUCCAACAUUGCAUAAGGUAUUUGGGGAAGGAUCAUUGCUUAGUCCACUUUUGUUUGAAAAAUUCUUUGAUCCAUCAGAUGCUUUUCCACUGUGGGACUUUGAAUCAGAUAGCUUAUUAUCAAAUCUAAGGAACUCCAGCAAGAGCUCGGUUGAUUGGUUUCAGACAGACCAGGCAUAUGUUCUUAAAGCAAAACUUCCAGGAAUAGGGAAAACGAAUAACGUACAAAUCCGUGUUGAAAAGGGAAAAAUUGUUGAAAUCUUUGGCCAACUAAAGCUGCUGCAAAGGGAAUCUCAGAAAAAAGAUUGGAGAAGCGGAAAUUGGUGGGAAUAUGGAUACGUAAGGAGGCUUGAACUACCAGAAGAUGCAGAUUGGAGAAGAAUAGAGACAUACCUAAGUAACGAUGUGGUUCUCGAGAUCUGAAUUCCUCGAACUCCUUUGCAUUUUGAUACUUCUGCUGAUGGAGUUGGCAAAAAAUCUGAAUGAAUGUGAAACAAAUUGACGCAGAAAAACGCUAAGAACAUGAUGAUCUGGGCAUGAUGAAAACUUUUUAUAUGAUAUUGCAACAUGAGAUAGACCCUGCAAGAAUAUGUGUAGUCAGAAACAUUUUUUCCAGAUAGAAGAAGCAAUGCCUGGUUGAUUAUCUGCAAUUCAGACCUGGAUUCUUGUUUC